CAAUAAUUCCAUGGGUCUGCGAUAGCACUUGCAUGAUAACUUAGAGGUAUCACACAGGUGAUCAAUUGGGGCAGUUGCCACUGGUUUUUUGUAUGACCUCUACUUCAUCACGCCUACCAAUCAUUAAACUAAUAUACUCCAAUCAUUUAAUCCCUAGAACUUAGGUUAAUCUCAUUACCAUAUAUCUUCUACUUCUACUAAACAUCCGCUAUCACCGUCAAACAUGGCACCACCCGUAGGCAAGCGUGUCAAAGGCGUACAGAUCUAUCGGCCAUUCAUCUACGGCACCACCGCGCGUCCCUUCAACGACACCGACAACCCGCGACCCGCCGGCGUCCCCGCCGAUCAUACGCACUCAUGGCAGGUGUUUGUAAAAGGCGUCGACGACACCGAUAUCUUCUACUGGCUGCGGCGCGUGCAGUUCAAGUUACACGAGUCCAUCCCGAACCACCUGCGCACCAUCGACGCCGAGACCAUCAUGAAGGAGAAUGAGGGCAAGCCUCCGUCCCAGCGCCAGAAAUCCUUCGUCGUCAACGAGACGGGAUGGGGCGAGUUCGAAAUUACGAUUAGACUGUACUACGACAGUCGCAGCAGCGAAAAACCCCAGACUUUGUACCAUCACUUAAGAUUACACCCGUACGGUCGCACCGAGGCCGAAAAAGAAGUCAUGCGUAACGGCGGCGAGGUCGUAGCCUGGGUGUACGAAGAGCAGCUCUUCAACGAGCCCUUCGAAGACUUCUACAAGAUCCUAACGACCGGCGCGCGCGACAAGAACGCCCCCGCCGGCGGCAAGGGCAAAGGCAAAGGGAAAAACGCGCAGCAAUCCAAUACCGGAGAUAACGGCAGCGAGGUAAAAGAGCGCAGCGCCAUGAUCCCGCUGACUAACCGUCCGGGCCAGCCCUUCAGCCGCGAAACCGAACAGCUCGAGAUUAAGAGGCUCAAGGAGGCCGAGGACAAGGUGCACCAGAUGGUGCUCGAGAUGACCAAGUCGGUCAAGGCCAAGGAGGCCGAGCUCGCGGCCCUGAAGAAGGCGACUGCGGCGGCGGUCGCCUCCGGCGCGUAGGACGCGUCAGGGACUAGCGGCAGGCGAAAUAGCAGAAGGAAUGUUAUGGCUACGCAAGAGGACGAAGACGAAGACUACGAGGAUGAAGCCGAAGCCCAGCAGCCGGGGACACGCCUCGUCAAGUUGAAGGCUCGCAAGAAGCAUCUCAGGAAGCUCGCGAGCG